AUGAACUUCAACACCGAGCCGACCGUCGACAACAAGGAGCUUUGGACACCGGUCCCCGCUCACAUCGCCCUAUCGUUUCCUGAGCUCUUUGCUUUCCAUACUGAGAAGAAUCCCACGCACCCAAUCUUCAGCUACGCCGACAAACAAGGCAAUGUGCAGGAACUGCUCUAUCGAGACAUGCACCCCGCUAUCCGCAAAGCCGCCAAGCUGAUCGUUCAAGAAAUAGCAGGCUUAGGCUGCACCGUUGGAGUGGAAAGGCCGAUCAUCGGAGUCCUUGUCGUUGCCGAUUCGAUCACUUAUACGACGUUUGCAGUGGGUGCUAUGUAUGCCGGCAUUGCUCCGUUCCUGCUUUCGGUCCGCAAUUCCGCCGAGGCUCUCGUCAAUCUCAUCCUUUCGAGCAAGAUACAUGUCAUGUUCGUGAGUUCAGACGAGGGAAUGCAGCGCCUUGCUUCCGAGGCCCGCGCCAUACUCGCCAAGGACAGUUACGACGUCAACCUCUUGUCCUUCCCGAAAUUCCCUCAGUUUUUCAACCUCGAACCCGUUCCCGAGGAUGUCAAGUUGGCUUCGACAGACCUGGAUCAGACUGCUUUGAUCAUCCACUCGUCUGGAUCUACAUCAUUCCCGAAACCCAUCUAUAUACCGCACAAAGCGUGCGCAUCAUAUCCGCACAUGUCCGCGUACUCCAAGCCGGACACCAUUAACGAUCGCAUGAGCAUGCACGUUCUGCCAGCAUUCCACGUCAUGUCAUGGCUCGGUCUCGGGAUGGCGCUAGGGUGUGGUGUCGUCGUGACGGUAUUUCCACCUAGUUCGGUCCCAGUUGUGCCAACGCCCGAGAACGUCAUGGAGGCGAUGGUUGCUUCUAAGAGCACCAGGAUAAUGAUUGUUCCAUCGUUCGUUGAGUCUCUUACUCGUGUCAUGUUUGCUGGCGCGCCUCUCAACAAGAUGGUUGGUGACCAGCUGGUAAAGCAAGGCGUGAAGAUUGUCGCCGGUUAUGGAACUACAGAGGUCGGAGUUGUUGCGAUGGGUACUCCUACGUCACAAGCCGACGGUGCGUCUUCCAACGAGGCCAAUCUUGAUUGGGAGUAUAUGCGCUUCCUCGAACCAGUCAAGGUGCACCGUGCGUACGUAGAUGGAGCCUCUGGUGUGUUCGAGCUGGUUCUUGUAGAUUCACCUGCUUCGCCCUUGGCUAAAGUCAACACUGAAGUGGACGGGGAGCCCGCAUAUGCCACCAGCGAUCUGUGGGAGGAGCAUCCUUCAGACCCUCGUCUUGCAAAGAUUCUCGGUAGAGUAGACGACCAAAUCAUCCUUUCGACUGGAGAGAAGACAAACCCAGUGCCGAUGGAGACCAUUAUGAACCAGGAUCCUGCGAUCCAGCUCUCAGUGAUUUUUGGGCGCGGUCGAGUCCAGAACGGCGUCAUCGUACAACCUACAAAACCGUUCGAUCCUGCCGAUGACGCGACACUCGAGACUUUCAGGAACACGAUUUGGCCUUCUGUCGAGCGUGCCAACACGUUCGCGCCAUCUCAUUCACGGUUAUUCAAAGAGAUGAUCAUUAUGGCACGUCCCGAUAAGCCUUUCCAACUGACCGCCAAGGGCACGCCACGCCGACAAGUUUGCAUCGAUGAAUACGCAGAAGAGAUCGAACAAGCUUACAAGCGGGUUGAGGAGUCAUCUCAAGUAGAUGUUGUACCGCCAGCGGUUUGGGCCCAAGACACGACUCUCGAGUAUGUGCGGACGCUUGUCCACCGGGUCAUGGACAACUCGGGCCUCAAGGACACCGAUGACUUCUUCCAGAGUGGCGCAGACAGUCUUCAGGCCACUUGGAUUCGUAACAGUGUUUUGCAAGCGUUGCGCACUACCACCAAGGCGAACGUCCACAGCAUUCCCGCCAACUUCGUCUACCUUUACCCCACCAUUAUCUCUCUCUGCACGUACCUCUUGCGAGUCGUCUCGGGCGGUGUCCUCGAUGCCACCGCUGAACGUACGGCUCGUCUUGACCAAAUGCGCUCCAUGCUGGACAAGUACUCUGCCGACUUUCCCCGUCCGCAGUGGAAUGCUACUUCUACGCUCACGAAAGAUCGUCGCUCACCGCUGGAUACGGUGAUUGUCACAGGUACUACCGGCCGCCUCGGCUCCCAUAUCCUCUCACUGCUCCUCGCAAGGCCCGACGUUCGCCGUGUAUAUGCGCUCAACCGCGGACCGGCAGAAGAUCGUCAACGUCAGGCCUGGAAGGAAUGGGGACUCGACGCCUCGCUGCUUGAGCGCGGAAAGGGAAGGCUGGUAAUGUGUGCUUCGGAUACAUCCAAGGUCGACCUGGGAUUGAGCGAAGAGGUCUUCCGGGAACUCCGAGAGACCGUCACAGCCAUCAUACACAACGGUUCGUCGCAGUCAUGCUUCUCAAAAGUCCCUUCCGAUCUCAUGCACCCUUUGCCUGCAGCGUGGCGCGUCGAUUUCAACGUGUCCCUUCCAUCUUUCGAACCGCUCAUCGUUGGGACGCGCAAUCUGAUCGAUCUCGCCAUCGCCUCGGAGGUUCCAGGCGGCCCCCAGCUACUCUUUGUCAGCUCCAUCAGUGCUCUCUUCAACCAUCCGAUCUCAAACGCUCUCGCCGUCGGUCUCGGAUACGGCGAGAGUAAGUGGCGCACCGGACUACGCACGACUGUCGUGCGCGCCGGGCAGCUGGCUGGAGAUCGGUCCGUCGGAGGCUGGGGCGUCAAGGAGUGGGUGCCGGCGAUCGCGCGUCUGAGCCAGCUCGUGGGCAGCGCGCCGGCCAAGGAAGACACGGUCGCGUGGCUCCCCAUCGACACCGCGGCGGCGGCAGUCAUCAAUUUCCUCGACCGAGAACGCCCCAGAACGGAUAUGACGCGCAGGUCUUCCAUCUCACCGCUCCUCACCCUGUCCCAUGGAAACCGUCGCUGCGCCAAUGGCCGCGCGCCUGGCGUGCCUCUGGUCCCCGGAGAUGUGUGGGUGGAGAAGGUGCGGGAGUCGGCGCGCACGGCCGACGCCAGCGGCAGGCGCGAGUCGGCCCACGAGCUCGUUGACUUCUUCGCGGUCACGAUGGGCUCCAAAGAACAAGCGUCGCUCAUGUUGUCUACCAUGGAACCUCUGGGUGAGGCAGACGUCGAGAAGUGGUGGGGUACUGGGCGGGAGUCGGCUUCCUGA